AUGGUAGAGGAAACCUCUAAGAAAGUCCGAAAACUUUUGACAGAACUCUACCAAAAGAAACACAUUGAUGAAAUGACAUUUAAAUGGUUAUCUCAAACACCAAACCCUCCACGCAUUCCAGUUUUUAACACUCUUACAAAAACACACAAGGUCAACUUGUCAAGUCGACCAGUAAUCUCUAGAUGCGAUUCCCCGACUGAGAGAAUUUCAGCUUUUGUUGAUAGUCUUCUUCAACCAAUAAUGAAAGAACAGCAGUCAUACAUUAAAGAUACAACACAGUUUAUUAACUUCAUUGAAGGAACGAGAGUUCCACAAAAUGCAAUCCUGGUCUCAAUGGAUGUUACAAGCUUAUAUACAAAUAUACCGCAAGAAGAAGGUAUCACGACCAUAUGCCAUGCAUAUGACACAUUCUACACGGCAACACACCCUAUACCAACACAUUAUCUUAGAGAAAAGCUGACACUUAUAUUACAAGAAAACUCCUUC